AAAAAGUGGAAAGGAGGCUGGAUGAGCUGAUAAAGGAGGCACAAGGCGGAAAAGGUGGCUACAAUCAUCAUCCAAGAGCAAUAAGGGGAGCAUGGCAGGCGGUGGCGCAAAGUGGUAACGCGGAAGCAGUGAAGAUGCUCAAGCAGUAUCUCAACCAGGACAGGAUAGACUCGAACUUCCUGUCAGCUCCGAUCCUAACGGAAAAGGGCUACAACAACGGGAUCGAAGAGGUCAGUCUCGUGGUGAACAAGGAGCCAAGACUAACCCAGACGGGGUUCUUCGGUGCAGGCAAAGGGAAGGAACAGAGCAAAGGCGGAGGCAACAACGGUAAAGGCAACAAGGGAGAUAGUGCCACAGGCACGCAGGCACCUCUGUUCGCUAGGAGUCAAAGCCAGCAGAGGUUGAACAACAAGACAGCAGCAACAGCAUCAACAACAACAACAGGACAGGAGGCAGUGGGGCGCGUGGCGUCGGUGAGACCUCCAUGGGUCCACGACACCUACGUCCCAGGAGAUGGGAUAAGGACUGAUUUGCGAAUGCUAUUACCAGAAAUAUCAUGGUCUGAAGUGACAGACGAACUCGAGCUGAUGGAUUUGGUAGACAGGCAGACGCCACAAGAUGUCUUCAUAACGAUCGUCCUAGAAAUGAGCCUCACGCCGACUGAGGGCUCCAGAAUCCUCACUAUGAUCAGAGCGAUGACGAACAACACGCCACUCCAGGUGAUCAAGACCAAUGUUGUGAGUGAGAGCCACAACCGAGCAAGGAAGAAGCGGCAACAAGAGGAGGCAGAGGAAGAAGCAGGGCACGAAGAAGAACAAGGUGAAGAGCAAGAGGCAGAGAAGUUCGUCUACAACCUAGAAAAGUCACAACUACAACUCGUGGCGGACAAGGCAGUGGAGGAGUUCAUGGAGGAAAAUCUAGACGACUUAGCAUCCAAUGUGGUCAAAAAAAAGGAGGUGGAACGGAUCGAGUACAACAACGACAUCAGCAAGAUGAGGGCUAUUGCGGUGUCGGCGGAGAUCCUGAAGACCGGUAGUGAAGUGGUGGUAGAAAAGGCGGUGGAGAAGGCAGAGAAGUUGAUCCAGAAGGACAGCAACCUAAGCAGCAUCGAGCUCACAGUGAUGCCGAAGAGCAAGGUGAGCAAGAGAAACCGCAACCGCGAAGUCUACACGAUCUUGGUGCGCAGGCCGAUAAUGAGGCAUCCCGAUCACCACGAAGGGGCUUCACCAACAGGCCAACAGGCUAAGAAGCGAAAGAAGAUUAGUGAAGAAGUGCCGGUAGUAGAUGACAGCGUGGAAAUGUAUGAAGAAGAGGAGCCAAGCGUAUGCAGCAGAAGAUCUAGGGCAGGAAGUGACGACUCCGAGGAGGAGGAGGAAGAGGAAAGAAGAGACACAUCUACACUGAUGAGUGUCCUUAGCGCACCACUGCAGAUCUUGACAGGAACAAGAUCAACGGUCACGGCAGCACCGGUGACAACGCAAGCAGUGCCCAAGACAGCUUCCAUUCUAGCGAAUAGAAGUGGUGGCAAGAACAAUUCCCAGAGGGCAGGAGGUUCGGCUUCUAGUGGUGCAAAAACAGUGCGGCUUGUAGAUGUCACAUCAGAGAUGGCGAAGGUUUUCGCAUACAUCAUGCAGUCAGAUGCGACGAAAGGGCUGCUGGCAAGAUUGCGACACCACUGCGAUCUCCGCACAUUGAUCAGCGAAGUGGAGACGCGAGUAUGGACAGUGCGCAUCGAAUAUUCACAGCUGAAGCAGUAUUGGAGCCACCUGGUGUACCAUCGAGCGAUAGUGCCGGUCAAGUUCGACGAAUAA